CAAAAGUUGAGACCGUCUAUGGCCCGCGACUCAGACACAGAUCUUCCCUGAGAGCUGCGCAGCGAGCGACGAGAACGAGGACAAGGACGAGGGGCCCCGGUGUGUCUAGGACGACGUAUUGGAAACCAAGCAGGGAGCAUUUCAUUCGCCGGUACAAGUUUCUGAGCCAAACCAGCUCUCGGCUCAAGUUUUUUUGCGCCACACUGAGAGAACGAGACUCUCUUGGCGAGCCGUGUUCAGACUUUCCGUGGGUGCAGCUGCGAUGACGGCCAAGCCUAAGCAUGCCAAUAGCAGAAACAGCGAAGCGGGUGGUAUUGACAAGAAAGGUCGUCGUCAUGAUAGCUCUUAUCUCCGUAGGCUCGACGACAACCACAACGACGAGCGUCUCCCAUCUGCUUCGACGCCCUCCUCAGCGCCGAGCCCUUCUUCUGCGGUCUUAUCUGCCCUUGCCUUUAUCGCCACUUCGCAAUCAUCCGUCUCCGGCAGUCCACUGCCAAUUCAGACCGCGCCUCCUGUCUUCCUCUGCCCUUCCAUCGAACACCAUUACACUCUCCCCUCCCUACCCACCAUUCCUCCCGUACCACCACUCCGGUUUAACAACCGCGCUUCCACCCCAACCCCUACUUCCCAGUCUUCCUCCCGUCGUCGCCUAGCUGAUAAGUACAUCAAAGGCAUGGACAGCCAAUGGCGAAAGACGGAUGAAUGGACUUUGUUCGGCUCUACGUGCUGUUCGAGCACAUCAAACGUCAAUGAUGUACUAACAUCGCCGUCACCAACCUCUACCUAUUCCUCUGCCAGCGUGACGCCCGACGAACUCGACGCUGCUGCCCUCCCAGCCGGCUGGCAAACAUCGACUAGCACCGGUGCAGAGCCAACCAUCAUCCUCGCUCUCUCCAUAAUCCUUGCCGUUUCCUUGUUCGUCUUCAUCGUCGCGUGUGCCAUUUGGAAAAGGAGAAAGAAGAAGAAAGCCGCGAAGCAUGACCUCGAGGCCAAGUUGCGUCGUAAGCUACGAUCGGACGACGAGUUUGAGCACGGGGAGCUGGAGAAGGAGGUGCGGGGAAAGAUGCGGGUUUGGGCAAAGGCGACCGCUCGGUGGAAAGCAAACGUCCGGCAAUCCGCUCGCCGCCGUCGGAAGAAACAGUCCACCAUGUCACGAGGUGUUCGCUCUCACUCUCCUGCUCCGUCUGAGCAUCAUGAACCAUCUGCCGCGGACCCAUCUCGUUGCCCAUCUCCUGCAAACGCAGAAAGUCAGGAUGCUGCCGAACGGGCUUCGAGGCUACCAGAACAAUCUCUUCCACCUGCUUACAGGCCAUCGUCCCCUGCUGACUUGAAUGCAUCAACCUCGCGGAGGACUUCGUUUCUUUCUGACCCUGGUAGUCAUUCAUCUACCCCACACGCAGAGCCUGCUCCUUAUACCCCACCUACUUCGGGACACAUCUCUAUAGACGAUAAGAGGGAGCUUGGACGUCUGGGCGAACUAGCAAGUGCACCUCCAGAACCAGAGAUCAUCAUUGCUGGGAGCUCACGUAUGGCGGCCUCAGUGCCGACGUUCGACGAGGCACUGGAAGACUUAGAUGCAUACCCUGAGCUAGAGCCAUACUCAGCAGACCCACACCCUUGUUUCCCCUCACCCCCCUCCAAAACUUCCGUGCUAAAAGGGCAGGAUAUUCCAAUCAUGGACCCAAUUGAUGACGGACUGCUUACUGCGAGUGCCCCACCUGAUGAACGCUUUCCUGUGGAACCAUCCGCGCCCUCAUUGGAGGAUGAGGGCAAUGAUCAUCUAUGUGACCAUUCCCAUCUCAUUACUGACGCUCUUACCUCUCAUUCGCAUCCUCUAGUACCUUCCAGUACUUCGUCUUCUUGGCGACUUUCAUCAUCAUCUGCAAUGAACGCUAUACCUCCCUCAUAUCACCCUUGACAGCUAUGGGAUGAGGUUUAUUUUCAUUCAUGGGUCACUUAACGUGGUAGCAUGUACAAGUAUCUUAGUGCAACUGUCUUGAUAAUCCAAGCUUUCCAUCAACUUUCACG